AUGGGAGACGGAGGUACCCUCCACACCGAGGGGAAUGCUUUGCUCAAAGCUGUCUUCCAGGGCAAGCUGAGAUUAACCCGCCUACUGCUGGACGGUGGAGCUUAUAUCAAUGAGGGGAAUGAGCGUGGAGAGACCCCCAUCACUGCAGCCUGCCUAGCAAGCUAUGAUGAUCCACAAACCCGUCAGAGGAUGGUGCGGUACCUCCUGGAAAAAGGCGCUGAUCCCAACAUUCCAGAUAAGAGUGGCAGAACUGCCCUGAUGCACGCCUGUGCAGAACAAUCAGGGAGGGAGGUGGUCUCCCUUCUCCUUGAGAAUGGAGCUGACCCCAGCCUCAAAGACUACUCUGGCUCCUCUGCACUGGUCCAUGCCAUCAACAGGGGUGACCGUGACACCCUGCAGGUCCUGCUGGAUGCCUGCAAGGCUAAAGGCAAGGAGGUGAUCAUCAUCACCACAGACACAUCUCCCUCAGGCACCAAGAAGACCAAACAGUACCUCAACUCUCCUCCCUCCCCCGGCGUAGUUGACAAGUUGUCUCCCACAUGCAUGUCGCCAUCUGAGGUGGAGAUUGGGACCUCUGGCUCCCCUGGAGCAGACAAGGUCGAUGAGAAGGAGGGGAUCUUCAGCUUUUCACUCCACUCUGCUCUACCCUUACCCUCAGCCCGACCUCCAGGAGAGAAGAGGCCGCCUCCACGAAAGCUCUUAAAGAGGCUGAAUUCAGAGCCUUGGGGUCUGGUAGCCCCCUCAGUGCUGAGUGAGGUCCCCCAGGAGAGGGUGGAUGGCAGGCUGGAGGAGGAGGGUAGCUGUGACAUGAGCGGCUUGUCCAUCUCAGAACCAGCCAGACCGCUUUUGUCGCGUCGGCAUAGCAUCGAGACCCAUGACCCCUGUUCCCCCAAACUCAUUGACCGCUCCUGUUCGGAGGACUGUGCGGCACUAUGCACUCCUUCCUGGGCAGAUAAAGUCCAGCAACACCAGAUUCUGUAUCGCAGAAACACUGCUCCAGAAUCCCAGGAGAACCCUGGUGGAGCCCGGGCCCUCACUCACCCCAAACUGACCCGGAUGGAACACUAUGAGUCAGAGACUCACCUCUGCCCUGACUCCAUCCCAGGAUCUCCAGAUUCAGGACGGGUCUCUGCAGAGCAGAGGAAGUACAAUGCCUCCCCUCUCUCUCUAUUCACCAGCUCUUCCAGGGAGUCCCUGGAGAACAUCCCCCUCUCAGUGUCACCCAUCACUGUGCGCAGACGACACCCAGGGCUCAUGGAGCGUAGGGGUUCUGGGACACUCCUCCUGGAUCACAUUUCCCACACCAGACCUGGCUUUUUGCCUCCACUCAAUAUCAACCCUCAGAGGCCCAUCCCAGAUAUCAGGGCUAAUGGGAAGCCCACAUCCCCCAUCAAUUCUUGCCAUAAGAUCCUGAUCCCUGUGGCUCCUGCCUCACCCAAGAGGGGUCCUGAUUUCAAGAUGAAGAAGAAGCUUAUGAGAAGACACUCCAUGCAGACAGAACAGAUGAAACAACUGUCCACCUUCCAGGAGAUACUGGCUGAGAAGGUCGCUGAGUCCAAUGGUGACUGA